GUUGCGACGCCCCCCCCAGAGUAGCAAGUGCUGCGUAUCAUGAGGAGCGUCCUGUGGGCAGGCCAAGGCUGGCGGACUCGGGCUGCCCUCUGGAACAGCGUCUUGCACAAUUCUGCCGGCUCCCGUGCGGGGGCGGGGCUUGCAAGUUUUACUUCCGGAUCCCACAGCUACGACACCGGAAGCCGGAAGUGUGAGUUUCGGCAGCGCCAGAAGGGAAGGGUGACCGCAGAACCCGGACUUUCUCGGAGCGCCGGGGCCUGAAGAGUGCUCGCGGCUCACCGUUCUCGCCCUUCUCACGUCGGACCGACUCUGCUGACAGGCCCUGACUUGUUGGAUGAGCAGGCCCCCCUGGAAGAGUCCGCCGUGUGAGAUGGUGCAGCCCAGUGGCGGCCCGACAGGGGACCAGGACGUGCUGGGUGAGGAGUCUUCUCUGGGGAAGCCGGCCAUGCUCCACAUCGCUUCUGAGCAGGGCACUCCCGAGACCUUCCAGCGCUGCCUGGAGGAGAAUCAAGAGCUCCGAGACGCCAUCCGCCAGAGCAACCAGGUGCUGCGCGAGCGCUGCGAGGAGCUGCAGCGCUUCCAGGGCAGCCAGAGGAAGGAGAAGGAGUUCCUCGUGCAGAAGUUCCAGGAAGCCCGGAAGCUGGUGGAGAGACUGAGCCUGGAGAAGUGCGAGCUGCGGAGGCAGACAGAGCAGGCCCUGCAGGAGGUGGAGCACCUGAAGCGCUGCCAGCAGCAGAUGGCUGAGGACAAGGCUUCCGUGAAAGCCCAGGUGACAUCCUUGCUGGGGGAGCUCCAGGAGAGCCAGAGUCGUUUGGAGGCCGCCAACAAGGAGCGGCAGGCUUUGGAGGGCAGGGCUCGGGCGGCCAGCGAGCAGGCGCGGCAGCUGGAGAGCGAGCGGGCGGCGCUGCAGCAGCAGCACAGCGUGCAGGUGGACCAGCUGCGGAUGCAGAGCCAGAGUGUGGAGGCGGCCCUGCGCAUGGAGCGCCAGGCAGCCUCGGAGGAGAAGCGGAAGCUGGCCCAGCUGCAGGUGGCCUAUCACCAGCUCUUCCAGGAGUACGACAGCCACGUCAAGAGCAGCACGGGAAUGCAGCUGGAGGACCUCAAGCAGCAGCUCCAGCAGGCAGAGGAGGCCCUGGCGGCCAAGCAGGAAGUGAUUGACAAGCUGAAGGAGGAGGCCGAGCAGCACAAGGCCAUGAUGGAGACUGUCCCGGUGCUAAAGGCUCAGGCGGACAUCUACAAGGCCGACUUCCAGGCUGAGAGGCAGGCGCGGGAGAAGCUGGCGGAGAGGAAGGAGCUCCUGCAGGAGCAGCUGGAGCAGCUGCAGAGGGAGUACGGCAGGCUGAAGGCCAGCUGCCAGGAGUCGGCCAGGAUCGAAGACCUGAGGAAGCGACACGUGGAGGUCUCCCAAGCCCCCUUGCCCCCCACCCCAGCUCACCCCUCCUUCCACCUGGCCUUGCCCAGCCAGAGGAGAAGCCCCCCCGAGGAGCCGCCUGACUUCUGUUGCCCCAAGUGCCAGUACCGGGCUCCGGAUAUGGACACGCUGCAGAUCCAUGUCAUGGAGUGCAUCGAGUAGGGGCUGCCUGGGGGGCGGGCGGCCCGGGACAGCGCCCACGAGCUAGCUCUAGGACCUUCCGCUUCAACUGCCCCGGCUGCUGGCCCGCGUCUGCCCUGGCGCUUGGAACCCACCGGGCCCGAGGCUCUGCUCUUCUGGUUUGUUCUGUCUGCUUGGACCGCUUUUCUCUGGGGCUUCCUCUCCUUCCACGGCCAAGUCCAGAAUCACGGCCAGGGCUCUCUGGGAACUCCUCGCGCUGCCGCGGGCAGAAGGCUCUCCUCGCCCGCGAGCUCCCACACGCCGUGGCAUCAGGGCACUCGUGGGCCGUGUGCUGUUCCGUGUGGGGGCUGCCCCGCCAUUGGAUGGCAGAUGUCCACUUGUGAGGCCCGUGUGGGUCAUUGCCA